CUUCGCGUUUUCGUUGAGUGGUGAGCAAGGAACGGCAUUUUGGCAUUUGCAAUGCCAUCCCUUCCCUUCCCAACCACCAUAAAUUUUACUUUCAAAGAUUCUUCAAAGUCUAUUUUCUUAUCCCAAAACACAUUUAAUUUUCAACCAUGUCGGAAUCUUUGGCCGGAAAGCAAGUGAAUGUCGCCAUGAUGACUGCCGGGGGUUUGGCUCCCUGUUUGAGUGCCAGCAUUGCCCAAUUGAUCCACCACUGGGUUGCUGCCUACAAGGCCAAGGAGAUCAGCGGAUUGACCAUCCGAUUCUACAAUGCUGGGUACAAGGGUCUCUUGACCGGAGACUCCUUUGUUCUUGAUGAAGCUGACUGGGACGCCUGUGAUGCUUUGAACUUUCUUGGAGGAAGUCCCAUUGGAAACUCUCGUGUCAAGCUUACCAACGAGAAGGAUUGCAUCAAGCGUGGAUACUGCAAGGACGGAGAAUCCCCUUCUGAAGUGGCUGCCCAACAACUUCUGAAGGACAACGUAAGCGUUCUUCACACCAUCGGAGGAGAUGAUACCAACACGCAGGCAGCCCAUCUUUCCCAGUACAUCCUGGAAAAGCACGGAGGAAAGGUCAUUGUUGUUGGUAUGCCCAAGACGAUUGACAAUGAUGUUUACCCCAUCAAGCAAACUUUUGGUGCCAAAACCGCUGCCUGCGAGGGAGCCAAGUUCUUUGCCAAUGUGGUCAAUGAGUCCACUGCCAACCCACGCAUGCUUGUCCUGCACGAAGUCAUGGGCCGCGACUCUGGAUACUUGACAUCUGCCACUGCGUUUGAAUACCGCCAAUUCUUGAAGCAACAAAAGUUCCCCGCCACUUCUUCGUUCCCCUUUUGCAGCCGAGCUGUCCGUGAUGUCCAUGCCAUUUGGAUCCCCGAGCUCAACUUUGACCUGCCCGCCGAGGGUGCCCGCCUCAAGAAGGUUAUGGAUGAAUAUGGUUGCGUCAAUGUCUUCUUUGGAGAAGGAACUGGCGUCAAAGAAAUUGUCAAGGACAUGGAAGCCAAUGGUGAAGAGGUUCCUCGUGAUGCCUUUGGCCACGUUUCCUUGGCCAAGAUCAAUCCUGGAGCCUACUUCUCCACCCACCUUGCCAAGUUGGUAGCUGCUGAGAAGACCAUUGUGCAAAAGAGUGGCUACUUUGCCCGAUCCGCCGCCGCCAACGAGUUUGACCGUGACUUGAUCGAUCGUUGCGCCAAGGAAGGUGUCAAGAGCGCCAUUGCUGGUGUCAGCGGAUGCAUGGGAGAAGAUGAAGACAUGGAAAACACUCCCAUCCGUGCCUUGGAGUUUGAACGUGUCAAGGGAGGAAAGCCUUUUGAUGUUGCUCAGCCCUGGUUCCAAGAGAUGCUCAAGGAGAUUGGACAAGCCUAAACGCUCUAGUCGUGUCCUUUUUGCUGUCGAGUCACCAUUUUGCCCUGUCUACACGGGCCAGCCCAAAUAGUAAAGUUUCCCUGUGACGACUCAUAAUACAUUAUUAGAGAAAGAAGUCGUUUCGCUGG